AUGGUAGCUGAACCCACGAUUAUCCGCGAAGGCCACCCCAUCCGCGAGUGCCGCCCGUACAAGGUCAUCUUCAUCGGCGCAGGCCUACUCGGCAUCCACUUUGCCGCCCGUAUCCAGCAGUACGGUCCCGGUAUCGAGGCCGUGGUGUAUGAACGUAACCCCGAUGUCGGCGGGACUUGGUACAACAACACGUAUCCUGGUGUUGCCUGCGAUGUCCCUAGCCACGGGUACACGCUGACCUGGUGUCCUUGGGGCGGGUGGCGCCGCUUCCAGGCCCCAGGUGAGGAUUGCCAGCGAUACGCCCUGUUCGCUGCGUCCAAGACCAACAUCCGCGACAUUACGCGGUUCAACACCCGUGUCCUCAGUGCAAAGUGGGACGAGAAUGCCGCCGAGUGGACCGUCGAGCUUGAGGACGUCAACACUGGCGAGAAAUGGACCGAUUCCGCCCCGGUCCUCAUUAACGGCUCGGGCGUGUUGUCCAAGCCCAAAUUACCCAACCUUCCCGGUAUGGAGAAAUUCAAGGGCCGCCAGUUCCACAGUGCCAAGUGGAACAAGACGCCGACGUCGGAACUCAAGGGCAUGAAAGUUGCGCUUGUUGGCGCGGGAAGCACAUCGCUCCAAAUCCUUCCCGAAAUCCAGAAGGAGGCCGCACAUGUCGACCAGUAUAUCCGGUCCGAGACCUGGGUCGUCACUCCCUUCGGUGCGGAUGUCCGCGCCUCGUUCUGGGGCCUCGACCCCGUUCAAGCAUUCACGUCGGAUGACGAGUCGUUCUCCAACCCUCCGUACUCGGAGGAACACAAGGACAAGCUCACUAACGACUCGGCGUUCAUGCAUAAACACCGUAAAGAUAUUCUCGACUCGACGAACAAGAUGUUCGCCAAUGGACUUACGGAGAUCGACUCGGAGAUGCGCAAGCAGGGCGAGGCCAUGUAUGUCGAGAUGACCAAGGCCAAGCUCGUCAAACGCCCUGACCUGCUCGACCUCUUCCUCCCCAAGUGGAGCAUUGGAUGCCGUCGUCUCACCCCCGCCGUGGGCUACUUCAACGCCAUCACGUCGGACAACGUCGACGCCGUACGCACGAGUGUUGUAAGCGUCGACGAAACCGGCCUCACGGGUGCAGACGGAAAGCACCGCGAGUACGACUGCAUCAUCUGGUCGACAGGCUUCGACACGUCCUUCUACCCCUCCUUCAGCGUGACUGGUCGUAACGGCUCCCAGCUGUAUCCAGUUGAGGCGCGCGCAUACCUCACUGCCCACGCCGAGAACAUGCCCAACUACUUCACCAUCGGUGGACCCGGUUUGAUGAGUUUCAACGGCGACUACCUCGGUGGUCUGGAGAAGAUCCUCGACCAUAUCCUUCGUUUCGUCUUCAAACUCCAGCGCGAGCGAUACCAGAGCGUCUGUGUCAAGACCCAGAACGUCAUCGACUUCACCGCCUACAUCGACGAAUACCUCACCCGGACAGUACAUGGCCAGAACUGUUCCAGCUGGUACAAGGAUGGGUCCAGGGACGGCAAGGUGCGCGCAAUCUGGUGCGGCACCAGCUUGCACCUGUACGAUGCACUGCAGCAGCCAUGCUGGGAGGAGUUUGACUGGGAGCGAUACCCGCACGAGCAGGCUGGUGCCGCACGCUUCAACUGGCUCGGCAACGGACGCACCCGUGCCGAACUGGCUAAUGGCGACUUUACAUGGUACAUCCCCGAGGUUAACGCCGGCAACAUCCAGGUGCCGACUGCCAGCGACCAGACGCCCCUCCACGACCUGUACAGUUUCUAG